AUGGUCGCAACUCCGUUGUUGCGCGUCCCCCAAUCGGGGGUGCGUUGUAUGAGCUCCCGUUUUUAUAGGACUCGUAUCAGCCCAUUGAGGAGCACCAUUGAUAUCAAGAGUUUCAAACCAUGCCUGACCUCGGCACAAUACUUUUCAACCUCCUUAUCUAGGUGGCAGGAUGAGGUCUUGGACCGAACACGCAAUAUCGGCAUCAUCGCUCACAUUGAUGCCGGAAAGACUACAACGACGGAGCGCAUGCUUUUCUACAGCGGUUUUACUCGUCGCAUCGGUGAUGUUGAUGAAGGAUCCACCGUCACGGAUUUCUUACCGGCCGAGCGUGCACGAGGAAUCACCAUUCAGUCGGCUGCCAUCACCUUCCAUUGGCCUCCGGGAGGUGGCAGUGAGGCAGCUCAGUCAAAACCGCGUGAUGAGUCUCUACCACGGUCAGCGGUCUCGCAUACAAUUAAUCUCAUUGAUACGCCAGGCCAUGCGGACUUCACUUUUGAGGUUAUGCGGUCCCUGCGUAUUCUCGAUGGCGCUGUCUACGGUGUGGCUGGUGUUGAGGCGCAGACUGAAAAGGUCUGGCAUCAGGCUAGCACCUACCGGAUUCCUCGAGUGAUCUACGUGAACAAACUAGAUCGUGAUGGGGCCGCGUUUGGUCGUACGGUGCGAGAGGUCAGCUCCCGCCUGUCUGUUUACCCAGCAGUAUGCCAUAUUCCUUGGUUCGAAGCGGGAACUGGUCCUUUCGUCGGCAUUGCGGACGCUAUCAAUCUGCAAGGUCUUCGAUGGAGAGAAGGCGAAGAUGGACGCACGAUAAAGAUGAUGAAUCUCCAACAGCUCGAUGCAGAGGAGCCGGCUUUGGCACAGGAGCUGAGAAAGGCCCGGGCUGCAUUAGUUGAACUUCUCAGCGAGCAAGACGAGACCAUAGUGGAGAAGUUCUUCGAGUGCGAUGAAGACCAUAUGGCUGUAUCUUCGAUGGAUAUCAUUGAGAGUCUCCGCCGCUGCGUUCUUGACCCUACAAGCCGUAUCGUUCCCCUCUUCGCUGGUGCAAGCUUCCGCAACAUGGGUGUUCAGCCGCUGCUAGAUGCUGUGGUGAACCUUCUCCCUAGCCCACCCGAGGCGCCUGACCCAGAGGUCAGCAUAGGUGGAGUUAAGGGAGGAUUGAGAAGACUGCUCUCCGGGGAUUUGAUCGUCGAGCAAAGUGAGAAGGCCGCCACUCCCGUCAAAGGGAAAAAGAAGAAGAGUGCAGCACUUCAAACCAACCCCAAGGACGCAAUUGGGAAACUUCAGAGCUGUGCCUUGGCAUUCAAGGUGGUCAAUGACCCCAAACGUGGCGUACUGGUUUACGUGCGAGUAUACUCGGGCUCUCUUGAUCGGAACAGCCUGCUUUUUAACACCAACUUGCAUCUCUCCGAGCGGGCGCCUCGUUUACUGAAAAUGCACGCCAAUGAUGCGGUAGAGGUAGAUUCAAUCCCAGCCGGCCACAUUGGUGUCGUGGUUGGACUCAAACAUGCUCGUACUGGUGAUACCCUCGUCACCUAUGCUGGAAAUAAACCGACACCCCCAGAGCCCUUAACCAGUCUUCAGUUGCGUCCAAUUGACGUGCCACCGCCAGUGUUCUUCACCAGUGUCGAGCCACAUAGUUUGAGUGAAGAGAAGAAGAUGCAGGAAUCACUCGCGCUUCUAUUACGAGAGGAUCCAAGUCUGCAUGUCAGUGUGGACGAAGAAUCCGGCCAAACUCUUCUAAGCGGCAUGGGCGAGUUGCAUCUAGAGAUCGCCCGCGAUCGUCUGAUUAAUGACCUCAAGGCGAAGGCAUCUAUGGGAAGCAUCGAGAUCGGUUACCGCGAGUCCGGGCUGGGGGCAUCCUCUUCCAUUACCAAGAUCUUCGACAAGGAGAUUGCCGGCCGUCGCGGCAAAGCAGGCUGCACAGCUAUCGUGGAGCCGUUCGGCGAGGAAGAAAUCUCCGAAGCAGCGGACGAAGACACCCUGCUCGCCGAAACGAUUGAAGGCAAUCAGAUCAUCAUUCAAGCCCCAGGCCUCCAGAUGGAGCGUGCAGGCAGAGGUGAAGAGGAAACGAGCCCAUUCCUACCUCCAGGUAUGGAUGCCGUUACUCUUCGCACUGCGCUGCAAAACGGCGCACUGGCAGCUCUUGCUCGUGGCCCUCAGUUCACCUUCCCAAUGCACAACACCCGAGUCACACUGACUAUCAACCCGACUGAACAUCUCUUCGGUAGCGAUACCACUACAUCUGCGCUCUCCGCCGCAGCACGACAAGCUACGAGUGCUGCUCUGCGGGAACUUCCCACCGGCCCGGGAACAGUCAUGAUGGAGCCAGUUAUGAAUGUAAUUAUUAGCGUGGACGAAGCUAGCCUGGGCUCAGUCGUCCACGAUAUCUCCUCAUCACGAGGUGGUCAUAUCGUUUCCCUGGAUGAGGAAGUUCCCCUCACCGCGACGGAUGCCUCGCCUACUGAUCCCGUCGUGGGCCAGGAGGACUUGCCUCCUAUCGAUCCCAAGCGUGUAUAUGCACCGCUGGAUCCAUUCGAGUCCUCUCUUGGUGCGGAAGUAUCCGUCUCAACCUCGCGUCCACGUAAUAUCACUGCCAAGGUGCCUCUGAAGGAGAUGGUUGGGUACUUGAAGCAUCUUCGCAGUUUGACUGCUGGUCGGGGCACGUUCGUCAUGAGUGUUGAUCGAUUUGAAAACAUGUCUUCUCAGAGACAGAAGGCUGUCAUUACGGAGCUGAGAGGUGGCUUCUAA